AUGCCAUGGCACUUGAUGACCACCAACACAGGAGAAAUCUCCGAUCAGUUUACGUAUUUCCGCCACAACAAGUUUAGCUCCUUCCGGAGGCAACUGAACCUCUAUGGCUACCGCAAGGUCAUCAAGGGACCAGACGCGGGCGCGUACAUGCACCCGUCUUUCCAGAGGGGGCGGCCCGAUCUUCUUGGGGAGGUCAAGAAGGGCAAGGUGCCUCACUACGACAUGCACGGGGUGAACGAGAUUCACGGGCAACACUUCCGUCACCACCCCCCGGGGGUCAAGAACAAGGAGAACGCCGAGCGAGCGAAGAUGGUGCCGGCGCACAUGACGGCAAACCCGCAUUCGUCGCCGGUGACCCCCGAACUCCACGGCGGGGUGGGUUAUCCAACGCCCCACGGGGUGCCCGGGAUGAUGGGAAACCCUGCCCUAGCUGCCUCCGCUCCCGCUGCCGGCGGUGGGCACAUGACCCCGGGCACCCAGGCGGCCACAGCGAUGUCGAACAUGUCGCUGAGCCCGAUGCCGCAUGCCAGCAACGCGUGGUCACCGCAGCAGCCCGGGCAGGGCAUAGACGCCUUGACGCUCACGCCGGCGUUUGCCGGCCCUGGCGUGGGCGAUGGGGGCGACGCAGUAUCAGGACCAGGUGGAGGAGGGCCGGCUGAAAGCUUGAAUGAGAAGCACCAGGGCAUGGGAAAGCUAGGCAGCGGGGGCUCCGGCGGGAGCGGGGGGGGGGGUCCCAGCAGCGGGGGCGGCGGGGAGCGCACGGGGAUGCGCAUGGCGUACUGGGAGAAGAACCGAAAAAGGAGGACCCUAUCGGCACAGCUCGUGUUUCCGGUGCAGCCGCCAAACAACACGGAGACAAUCGACCAGCCCGAUCCAAGUCUUUGCGACGUGAUGGAUGUGAUCUGCCAGUGCAUGGAGGUCCAAUCCUCCUCCGAGUCGCAGCUGUCAGCGUUGAGCGGGUGCUCCUUUAAGAGGGAAUCCAUGAGGCGAUCGAGUAUAUCUGAUCUGCUAAACUGCAUGUCCUGGGAGAGCGCCUUGCGAGGGUCGGGCAUUUUUCGUGGGUCGUUGGCAGGGACGCUGGACGCGAUGUAUAUGGAGGAACAGGGGGACACGGCGGAUAGCCGAGGAGGGGGUGUCCCCCCCACCAGCGCCCCUACCUUCGGGCAACAGCCAUCCUUCGAUCCCACGCGAGACCCUUCGGGGGAAGGCUCGGGGCUGAUGGGCGGCAUGAUGCAUCCGGCGGUCAUCGCGUCGUCGCCGCUGUCUUCGGCCGGCGGCGGCGGCGGCAUGAGCGGCAUGAGCGGCAGCGGGCAACCGGAACAGGGAGGGGACGGCAACAACAACCAUAGACGGCGACAGCACGAGAGCCGGCCGUCCUUCGACCCGAACCGAGAGUCUUCCAUCGCCACCGGUCAUUCGAGAGGCGGCGGGCAAAGACCCCCCGCGGAUACCCGGCGGGAGGGGAGACGUGAAGGGGGGCACGGUGGCGGCGGCGGCGGCGGCGGCGGCGGGGGGGGGCGGGGGGGAUACGGUGGUGUCGGCGGAUGA